CCGGCGAUAUUAGCUAGCACUCGCUAACGGUAUUCUCUGUAAAAGGGAAGACGGUAAACCAAGAAAUCAACACCUGGAUUGCUCAAAAGGACUGUACUUAAAAUAAAUUAUACUGAUUGAGGAAGGAAAUAAUUAAGCCGAGAAACGUUACCGACGUUUUGAAUUUUCUGUUCGGUGUCUGUUGUCUCACGAUGGAAGAGAACAGUGCACACUUCUUCGAGGGGACCGAGAAGCUGUUGGAGGUUUGGUUCUCCCGGCAGGACGAGACCAAAGGAACCGGGGACCUCCGUACCAUCCCAAGGUUUGAGUGGGACAAACUUCUGGAGAAUGUGCAUUGUUUGAUCAUAAGUGUGACAAAGACUGACAAGCAGGAAGCUUAUAUACUCAGUGAGAGUAGCAUGUUUGUCUCCAAGAGACGUUUCAUUUUGAAGACAUGUGGAACCACCCUCUUACUGCAAGCACUGGUGCCUCUGCUGGAGCUCGCCAGGGAAUACAGCGGCUUCGAUGCCAUUGAGAAUUUCUUCUACUCUCGCAAGAACUUCAUGAAGCCAACCCAUCAAGAGUUCCCUCAUCGAAACUUCCAAGAGGAAGUGGAAUUUCUCAGCCAGAUUUUCCCAAAUGGAGCAGCCUACUGUAUGGGACGUUUGAACUCUGACUGCUGGUACCUGUUUACCCUGGACUUACCAGAGUACUGGGAGAACAAGCAUGCGGAUCAGACGCUGGAAGUUCUGAUGAGUGACCUUGAUCCAGCGAUCAUGGACCAGUUCUACAUGAAAGAUGGUGUUUCUGCAAAUGAUGUCACUCGUAUGAGUGGAAUUCGUGACCUGAUACCAGGUUCUGUGAUUGAUGCCACAAUGUUCAACCCUUGUGGAUACUCGAUGAAUGGAAUGAAGACUGACGGAACUUACUGGACGAUCCACAUCACUCCAGAGCCAGAAUUCUCCUACGUCAGCUUCGAAACCAAUCUCUCCCAGACGUCCUACGAUGAUUUGGUCAGGAAGGUGGUGGACGUCUUCAAGCCAGGAAAAUUUGUGACUACACUUUUUGUGAAUCAGAGUUCCAAAUGUCGCAGUGUCUUUUCUUCUGCCCAGAAACUUGAGGGCUACAAACGUCUCGACCGCCAGUUGGCCCAAUUCAAUGAUUACAAUUUUGUCUUUACAAGCUACGCCAAGAAUCACCAGCAGAACCAGCAGAGCUGAGGGUUGAGGAUGAAGAAGAGGCGUAAAAAGAAAGGCGGCCGCCCGGGGCUUCCUCGCCGUGGCCGUCUUCACCCUCCACUUACGAGCUUGUCCUCCCUCCUCCUCCGCUGUUGUUGUUCAGGCUCUCUUGGCACUGAAGAGGCCACGUGCCGUAGUUUAACCUCCAGUUUGAAUUGUAUGCAUUGUUGUACCUAUGACUUAGAACUCUUGCAUGAAAGCUCUUUUCUCUGUUUAGAUAUUCUAGCUCACUCUUGCUGUGAUCUUGAAGUGCAUGUAGAGGAAUUAAACACGCUCUGUUUGAGGCUGUCCACCCGUGCCCAGUACAACGGUCCUUUCCUGCAGGUGUCCCCCCUCAUUCCCCACAGACAAGGCUUUCGCGCUCACUAGGCCAGGGCCCUGACAUGCUCAGAUGGGUCUGCCUCUUCUUUGACCUUACCAAAUUUGACCCACCUCACCCCAACCAGUCACUGCCGUUUGACUAAUUUGCUUUCCAAGAUGCUAAUUGGUAUAUUCAAAUAAUUUCUGAUUUAUGGGUGCACUUUAAAAACCUCAUCAUUUAUAGAUAAGCUCAAUCGUGGUACGAAAAAAAGGCCAACCUUUUGUCUCGAGUCUAAAUGAAUGUAUUCUUAAAAGCAGUAGUACGCUUUUGGCCAUCAUAAUCGUUGUCUUAUUGUCACACAUUUCAUGAUUUCCCAUGAAAUGAAUGUCCUACUAACUGUUUAAUGUUGCACUAGUAGACAAAAGGAUUGCGGCUUAAUCAUAAGUUUUUUGUUUUGUUUUGUUUUUUUUUCAUUAUGAGUUGCUCAUUGGUGUAAAAUGCAUUGAAGCCAGAGGAGUACCUGCUCUGCUGGGCUUUGAAGCUGUGCUAUAAUUGGGUCCCAGCACCCCUGCUCAUUCAGCUUUUCGACCUUGACAAUCAUUUAGCCCUGCAAUGCCUCCCCAAAUAAGUACGCUUUUUAAGCUGUAUUCCUGGGCAACAGUUUUCACAAAUCAUUUCAGGCCUGCCACAGUUUCUUCAGCGUGUGAUCGGGUGAUUGUGCACUUUUUACUUGGGCUUCUUUUUUCUGUACAGCGUGCUGUAUCUACAGGAAGCCUCUGGGUCUUUGAAAAUCCCCAGUCAUGUUAGCACUCUAAAUUUAGGCAUUCAAUUGGUUAAAUGGAAAACGUUUAGGCACAAACUGAAUGUAGAGCAGCCAGGUAAAGCGGACUGCCCUGUCCCAUCUUUAGAAUGUAGAGGUCUCUAGAGAAUGGGGCUUUAGCUGAAUGUACGACUCGAGGAGAGAGCCCGUCCCCCCCACCCCAUGCAGCAAUGGUGCAGGUCAGGACAAUGCCCUCUGCCGUCCAGCAUGGCAGCCAUUGUCCAGGUCCCGGCAGGUCUCCCCGCACAAAGUCAGACUGUCAGCUGGCCCCAGAACCAUGCAUGACAAGAGUGGCCCUCCUGGCUGCACCAUGUGGCUCUGAAUGGGAAAUAAUGAAUCAGACACUUUGCUUAGUGCAGCGCUUGCCCAGCAAAGCAUUUUUCUUUUUCUAAACAAUAUACAUCCUCUCUCUCUCUUUCCCUCCCAUACAGAAAUCGGUAAGCGCACAAUAGAGGCCCACCAGUCUGAGCAUGCCAGGGUGAUCCCGGAUCAUUCCACACAUAACUGUUGCAUAAACUGCCAUUUUAUUAAUUUUAUUGUGCCCAGACAUUUUUGCAGUGAAUUGGUCCAAAAUGUGACUCCCUAGCAGUUUUUUUUUUUUUUUUUUUUUUUUUUUGGAGUACCAUCAAUGCCCUUUGUUCAGUGAGGGGGAAAAAAUCCUGUGACACUAUGGUGCAUGUGACUACUAGUGCUGUAUUGCUUGACAGUGUAGUGUACUGCCGUCUCUUCCUCCUGUGUAAGUAGGUCUGUGUGCUUCACCUUCCUCUUGUUUUAUCAGCUGAACUGUAGUUGGAGCUGCCGCAUCCUGAUAAUGUUUCUUGGACAGGCGGGGACUCUUUCCUUAAGGGGUUGGGUUAAUUUGUGAUUCAUCUUUAUUUCAAAUCCCUCCCGGUGCUGAAAGCAGGUCAACUUUGUGUUGCUUCCCUCACAAGACGGAUGGCAGAUUUUGUGACUUGCUGGGAGUUUUGAUUGAAGGCCCGAGACGGCUGUCUGUCCUCUCCGCUGGCUGUUCAGUGGUGUUCAUGAUGCUUCUCCUGCCAGAGAACGCAGACUGGUUUUGAAUUUUGCUGAUGCGACUGGAGAUGACAGAAAACAGCCGUCUCGCACCUGCUUUCAGCACUGCAAAAGAUUAAAACCUGUUCUCUCACCAACCAUUUUUGGGAACAAAAUCUCAAUGCGGUUCGGAAAGCACCUAUAACUAUAACAGCACACUGUUCACUUAAGGCAGCAUCAUGAGAAAACUCAGUUCCUGUAUAAAAGAAAAAAAAAAAAGUAGUUGUCAUGCAUGUGGACCACUAGAUAAUUGUCAGUAAGGACUCAAAGUGAAGUUGACAAUUGGAAUUGCUUCCCUCCAGUAUGUCUGUUGUGGCUUUUUGGGGUGGUUUCAUUAUUUUCCUGAGGACCAAUCUCUAUUUGAUGUCCUUACAUGAAUUACCUUUCUCUCAGAUUACUUAAGUGAUCUGCCGUGAUUGUUAUAGGUCCUUGAAGUUUAACAUUGAGGGAAUUUGAACUAGCGCUGUUCACAAGUACUUAAGGAAUUUUUUGGUACCUGUUUUUUGGAUUUAAGUAUAUUUUAGACUUGACCGCUGCGGGUACUGCGUAGCCCUGUUGGUAUGGAACAUUGCUGUUUUGUUUUAUUUUUAUACUAUAAACUCGUGCAUUUUUGCAGUUGAAUGGUAAAUACAAUUUUUACAAAACAUUUUUGUAAGGAAUGCAUUUUUGCUGCGGACCAAUCUUUUUUUUUUUGUUUUGUUUUCCCUUUGUCCAAACGUUCAUUUUGUUGUAAAACCAGUGUCCGACCUAGUUUGUGAAGUUUAGGGAUGACCUUUUCAAAGCUAAUUGUAUCAUGUAGUGUUAUUUUUUUUUCUCUUGCCUUUCCUAUAAGUAUCUCUAUAAAGGAUUAAUGGGAAGGGAAAGUGAAAAAAGGCUCCCCUGAGUGAGAGAGGGUGCAGUUGCAGGAUGUAUCAGGAUGUACUGAAGGAAAACUUUGCUGUUCUAAUUCUUUCUUUUUGCUGUUCUUUGGAUGGUCAAGAUGUGCUAAAUAUAUCUGUGCUAUGAGCUUGAUGCUUAAAUAAAAAAAAGAAGAUGCUUAACUGUG